AUGCCAGCAGAUCUACGACGAGGCCUCGCUCCUCCACCCCUCCAUCAACGAACACACCUUCUGGUGCUACCGCCCCCCUCCCCACGUCCAGAACCCAUCCUCCCCAGCCCACUACUUCCUCAAAAUGACCCCCGCCAACGCGCCGCCGUCCAACACCUACACUUCUUCACGCAGCAGUUCUACCUCGAGGGCGAAAUGGCAGCCGUCUGGCCUAAGAUCCGCGACAACGAGAGUAUCCUCCGCAGUUCACUCCAUUCUCAGCAGUCCCAAUCCCAAUCUCAAUCCCAAUCCCAAUCUCAAUCCCAAUCCCAACCCUCCCCACCCCGUCCCGAAAGCGAAACCAUCGGCAUCAUCGCCCCCAAAUCCCUCACCAUCACCCUCCGCCACUCCGACUGGUGGUUCUGGGAGGGCGACGAGCCAAUGGCCAUCGAGCCGUUCAAGGUUAAUCGUGCCUCGCCCAGGGACAUGGGCCGGGCACCGCGAGGUCCCCUGGGUCAGACGGAUCCGCGCGCGUGGGGGAACCAGUUCACGUGGCUGCCGAGCUUGGAGAAACUGGUUAUUGAGUUCGAGACCGUCAUGCGGAAGAAGGACCAGUUGGAUUCGAUUGUAGGAUUGGCGAGGGAGUGGAUGUUCCCGCUUGUUCCUGCCGACAGGGUGUUUCUUGUUGCGCAGGAGGAGGUCACGAGGUUUAGGUGGGUUGGGGUCAGGGAGGGGGCUUUGACUGGGGCGGAUCGUUUGGAGGAGAGUGGAGGGGAGAGUGAUGGGGAAGUGAGUGAGAGGAGGGUGCCGAGGUUGGUGCCGCUGGAUGAAAACGGGGAGAUGAAGGCGGGUGAGCAGAGAGAGGAGUUUGAUCCUGCUGUGGAUGAGGAAUAUUAUGUGGUUUUUAUGACGUGGAAGAGGCAGGUGGUGGACUUGGAGGAAUGUGUAUAG